ACCUCCCCUCCUCCCUCUCACUGUUCGCCUUUCCACGCCAGUUUGGUCGCUCUCGAUUUCGAUUUCCCCCAAAUCCACCGCAAGAGAAAGCCAAGUCGCCGCCGAGAAGCGAAGAGGAGAUGGCCCGUACGAAGCAGACCGCCCGCAAGUCCACCGGCGGCAAGGCCCCGAGGAAGCAGCUCGCCACCAAGGCGGCGAGGAAGUCUGCUCCGACCACCGGCGGCGUGAAGAAGCCCCACCGCUACAGGCCGGGGACGGUGGCGCUCCGCGAGAUCCGCAAGUACCAGAAGAGCACGGAGCUCCUGAUCCGCAAGCUCCCCUUCCAGCGCCUCGUCCGCGAGAUCGCGCAGGACUUCAAGACCGACCUCCGCUUCCAGAGCCACGCGGUGCUCGCCCUCCAGGAGGCCGCCGAGGCCUACCUCGUCGGUCUCUUCGAGGACACCAACCUCUGCGCCAUCCACGCCAAGCGCGUCACCAUCAUGCCCAAGGACAUCCAGCUCGCCCGCCGCAUCCGCGGCGAGCGCGCGUAAGCCGCCGCCUUCGACGCGGUUGCGUUGCGUAGCGCCGAAGCGAUCUGGGGGGAUCAACGACGACGACGUGACGUGGUCAACUUGUUGAUUCCCCUCUCGCUUCCGCGUUUUAGAUCUCGUUUUCAUUAGCAGCUUUGUAAUAGGGUUUGGUCGGUUAAUUAGUGUAAAAACAGGGUUCGGUUAAAGACUCAAAAUCAAAUGUUAUUGCCGUUCUUUGGAUUUUGCGGUUAAGCAAAACAGUGUUGAAGACUAUUAAUAUUCGUUUACUAUAUGGAGAUUUGUUCGUAA